UGAGAUAUAUAUAACAAUACUAACCGGCAAAGGCCGGUACUUCUCAGCGUAUGAUCCCAUAAAAAGCACCGCCUCAUCCCCAAAUUUUGUGCUUCAAACACUCAUGUUAAGAGAUAUUAGUGGGGCAGAUGUCUCCGCAUUUUCCGGCGAGCUCACAGGCGAAGAACUUCGGCGAUAUUGGCUUCGCGGGUUCGUGAGCAACAACCUCGACCUAACCAACACCUUCUCCAAACAUCCCAAGAUUUUAGUCACUGCGCUCAAUGGCCCAGUGAUUGGGCUUUCGGCUGCACUCGUCGCAUUUUCCGACUUCAUCUAUGCGGCUCCCCACGCAUUCUUACUGACCCCAUUCUCUUCUCUUGGACUACUUGCCGAAGGAGGAUCAAGCCGGGCUUUCGUUGAGCGACUGGGCAUCAGUAAAGCUAAUGAAGCAUUGCUCAUGAGCAAACGCAUUGACUCGCAGGAGUUGUUGAGGGCGGGUUUUGUGAAUAAGAUAUUUGACGUCAAAGAAGGCCAAAGUGAUAUUUUCUUGGAACUGGUGAUAAAGGAGAUGGAGGAGCGCCUGGGAGACCACCUGAACAACGAAAGUCUGAUCAGAAUAAAGGCCUUAAUUCGAAGACCGGAGCGGGAGAUUAUCGAGCGGCAAAAUGCGUUAGAAGUCUUUGGCGGCCUCGAGCGGUUCAUAGAAGGAAUCCCGCAGGAAGAAUUUCGAAGAAUUCGCAGUGGGGAGAAAAGACACAAGCUGUAGUCGAAAUUGAAUCAAGCCGGAUAUAAGAGAUGCCGCAAUAUUAUCCACAAGCGUCGGGAAAUGUGUUGUUCGAGUAUCCCAGGCGCCAAAGGAUGUGUGAGAGUAAUAAGAGCCUAAUCAUCACGACUAGCUUCGUCCUCUGCCC